AUGGUAACAAAGAGGACUAUUACAUCUUAUUUUGCUCCCAAAAAAAGAGAGAGAAUUGUUGAAGAUUCAGACAAUGCUGAACCAAUUGAGGUUAGUGAUAAAGAUGAGCCAAUUGUUGAACCUAAUGUUGAUUGCACUGCUAAUGAACAACCACCUAGUGAAGAGGGUGUUGGAGUUGAUUUUUUAAUGCGUGAUCCUGAAAAACAAAAUGCUGAGGAAAUAGUUAGAAAUCGGUUACGCCUUAAGACAUCAAUAGAUGCUGUUAAGUGGUUAACAUUUCAAGCUUGUGCAUUUAGAGGACAUGAUGAGCGUUCUAGCUCGAUUAAUCAAGGGAAUUUUUUGGAGAUGUUAAAGCUUUUGGCAUCAUAUAAUAAAGAAGUUGAUUCUGUUGUUUUGGACAAUGCCCCAAAGAAUGCUAAAUACACAUCUCCACUAAGCCAAAAGGAGAUUCUACAUGUGUAUGCUAGUAAAGUGCAAAGUACUAUUCGUAAGGAAAUUGGUGAUGCUAAGUUUUGUUUGAUUGUUGAUGAAUCUAGAGAUAUUUCUAAAAGGGAACAAAUGGCUCUUGUCGUGAGAUAUGUAGAUAAAAGUGGCUUUGUGAGAGAACGCUUCUUAGACUUGGUUCGUGUUAAAGACACAACUUCCAAAACUUUGAAAAAUGAGAUUUGUGCAGCUUUAUCUCAUCAUGAUCUAAGUCUUCAAAAUGUAAGAGGCCAAGGGUAUGAUGGUGCGAGUGAUAUGCGUGGAGAGUGGAAUGGGCUACAAGCUUUAUUUAUGAAAGAGUGUCCUUAUGCCUAUAACAUUCAUUGUUUGGCUCAUCAAUUGCAGUUAGCACUUGUUGCUGCAGCAAGGGAAGUGCCUCAAAUCCAUACCUUCUUUCAACAAUUGAUUUUUGUUGUUAAUGUGGUUACAAGCUCUACUAAGCGACACGAUGAGUUACAAGCGACUCAGUUGGCAGAAAUUCAACAUCUAGUUGAAAUUGAGGGUCUUGAAACAGGAAAGGGUCUUAAUCAAAUUGGUACAUUACAACGACCUUGUGAUACAAGAUGGAGCUCACAUUACAGAUCAAUAUGUAGUUUGCUAAGAAUGUAUCGUGCUUCUCGGUCCGUUCUUGCUGACAUUGCUUCUGAGGGAACAACAUAUGCUCAAAGAGGUGAUGCUCUAAAUGGAGUCAAGUUGUUAAUGUCAUUUGAAUUUGUGUUUAACUUACAUGUGGUGAAGGGGAUUAUGGCCAUUACUGAUGGGCUUUGUCAAGCUCUACAAUUAAAGACCCAAGAUGUUGUGAAUGCAAUGCACUUAGUCUCCACUACAAAGACAUUACUUCAAAAUUUGAGAAAUGAUGGUUGGGUGAGUUUGUGGUCAAAUGUGAGACAAUUUUGUGAGAUAUAUGAUGUUGCUAUUCCUGACAUGAAUGCUCCUUAUUUUGAUGUGCUGAAAUCUAUUAGGCGACAAUCAAGACAAAAGGACAUUGUGACAAUGGAACAUCAUUACCGGGUGGAUAUAUUCUUUGCUGCCAUAGAUCGACAAUUGCAAGAAUUAAACACCAGGUUCAGUGAACGAGCUACCGAGCUUCUUAUUUUGAGUUCAGCCUUGAACCCCAUAGAUGGUUACAAAUCAUUUAAUAUUGAGCAUAUUUGCAAGCUAGCUAGAGACUUCUAUCCUAAAGACUUCUCAGAUCAAGAGAAAGAACAUUUAAGUUAUGAAUUGCAGCACUACAAGCUUGACAUUCCUAUUCAUCUUGAGUUGAAGAACUUGUCCACUCUUGGUGAUUUGUGUAGAGGAUUGGUGACUACUGAGAAAUAUAAAUUGUAUCCUCUUGUUGAUAGGUUAAUUCGCCUUGUAUUAACUCUCCCUGCAUCCACCGCAAUAACUGAGAGAGAUUUUUCAGCAAUGAAGAUUGUGAAAACAAACCUUCGAAGUAAAAUGGAAGACAAUUUUUUUAGGGACUACUUGGUGGUGUAUAUUGAAAAGGAGAUCGCAGAGACACUUAGUGAAGAUUCCAUCAUUGAUACCUUUUACAUGAUGAAAGAGAGGCGAGCACAACUCAAAUGA